CGGAUUAGGAACACCACCAUGCUGCGUGCCUGCAUCGUCCUCGCCUUGGCCACCAGCGCCUUCGCUGGUCACGUUGGCCACGUUGCCGGUGGCUACACCCUCGCCAGCAACCUCGGCUACGGCCUUGGUUACGGAAGCCUCGGCUAUUCUGGUCUCGGCUACGGUGGCCUUGGUCUCUCCCAUUACGGUCUGUCUCAUGGCGUUGGCUACUCCGGCCUGACCGGCUACGGCGCUGGCUUCGGAUACGGAUACGCCCCCGCUGCCAGCUACGCCGUCGCUGCUCCAGCUGUUACCCGCACCGUCUCCACCUACCACGCUGCUCCAGCUGUGACCGCUGUCCACGCCGCUCCAGCCGUGACCGCUGUGCACGCCGCCCCAGCUGUCACCUACGCUGCUGCCCCAGCUGUCACCAGGGUGGUCCAGGCCGCUCCAGUUGUCCAGAGCUACGCUGCUGCCCCAGCUGUCACCAGGGUGGUCCAGUCCGCUCCAGCUGUCACCUACGCCGCUGCUCCUGCUGUGACCAGGGUCGUCCAGUCCGCCCCAGCUGUCACCAGGGUGGUUCAGGCCGCUCCAGUUGUCCAGACCUACGCUGCCGCCCCAGCUGUCACUAGGGUGGUUCAGGCCGCUCCAGUUGUCCAGACCUACGCCGCCGCCCCAGCCAUCACUCGUGUCGCCACCUACGCUGCCCCAGCUGUCACCAAGGUUGUCCAGUCCACUCCAGUGGUCGCCAGCUACGCCGCUGCCCCAGCCGUGACCACUGUCCAUGCUGCCCCAGCUGUUGCCACCGUUGCCCACGCUGCCCCAGCCGUCGCUACCUACGGAGUUGCCCACGUUGCCCACGCUGCCCCAGCCGUCGCCACCUACGGCAUUUCCCACGUUGCUCACGCUGCCCCAGCCGUUGCUACCUACGGUGUUGCUCACGCUGUCCCAGCCUACUACGGCUAUGGUGUUGGCUCCCUCGGCUACGGUGCCGGCAGCUACGGUUACGGCCACGGUCUCCUCGGCUACGGCCUGAACUACGGCUACGGCCUUGGCUCUCCUCUCAGCUACUCCACCCUCCUCCGCAAGAAGAAGUAAAUUUUCUUUAUCUUGCAACUCGGACCGGACACAAACCACACAGCCAUGGACAUUCAGAUUUCCUGGUUUCAAUGAUGUAUAAUCAUUGUCAUGGCAGAAUAAACUGUUUGUGUGAUA